UUGUCAGGACAGAGGGAAGAAGAAACAGUGAAAAUGGCUCUUUACCAACUUCUGUGUGGUUCAGCUGUGAUGAUCAUCCUCUUAUCCAAUGGAUGUCAUUCAAAACAGCAGCAAGCAUGUGGCCGGGCGGUAAACAACCCCAGAAUUGUGGGAGGUCAAGAUGCGGCUGCAGGAACUUGGCCCUGGAUAGCCAGUUUACAAAUUGAUGAGGAUCACAAUUGUGGAGGGUCCCUGAUCAGCGAUACGUGGGUUCUGACUGCUGCUCACUGCAUCCCAGAGUUUCCCAGAAACAUGACGGUUGUUCUGGGCCGCGAAAGCAUGACAGGUAAAAACUUGAACGAAGUGUCAAGGGUAGUUGAUAAGAUCAUAACCCAUCCUGAUUACGAUGCAUUGAGCAACGACAACGACAUGGCUCUUCUGAAGCUGUCGAGUCCCGUGAAAUUUACCGACUACAUCCAGCCGGUGUGCUUGGCCUCUGCAGACAGCACCUUCUACACCGGUGACAACAACUGGGUCGUUGGUUUUGGAACUACAUCAA